CACGUAAGGGAUUCAUCAUGUGUCGUCAAUGCGUCCAAUCACACCACAGAAUGCCCGAUGACUCGACCGUCAGUGGUGGAUGCCGUCUCACUGCGGCUAGACGCCCCUGCCAUGAAGUUCCUUGCAAACCACGAGUCUUCCUUUGCAGGAGCCACACUACCGCCCCCUCUUGCUUGUCCCUUUUGUGGUGCGGCAUUGGGGAGUGUGGCCAUCACAGCAUCAGCACCUGGAGGGGGGGGGGGGCAAACAGUGAAACUGUAGGUGCCAUGCCAACACUGGAGAAGUUUGACCCCCGCAGCACCUUUGGGCUCGUUGCGCUCGUCUUCGAACUGAGCGUACCUUCGCUGCUGCGCACAGAAGGGACAUGGACCGCGUUAAGGGGAGGUGAGAUGGUUGUGGUGCGCCGCCUAUCAAGUUAGUACUUGCUCACUCUAUUGGCAUAGGAUUCGGUCAUCUUGCCGUAGAUGAGGGCUGCACAGAGACCUGUCGCAAGACCUGUCAGGUCAUCUGACAAACACACGGAGAGAGACACGGACAAAGGGGGGGAUGCGUCGUCUCUGCACAUGGCAAGAAUGCCUUACCUUGCCAACUGACGCGUGGGUCCUUUGGGAAGGCGCCUUGGAGAAUUCCGAAGUACAGCAAGCCCCCCAACACAAACAGCUGAUGGACGGAAAACGAGAAGAAACACAUGGCGACCGAGCAUAGUCGUAUGAGGCUUCUGUCUCCCUCCUAUUGCGUGGCUUUCUUACUGCCAGAUUGACGAUGCGAAAAGGCUUCUCAAAGAAUACGAUAGUGAGAAGGUACCCGAGGAGAGCGAACACAACGCCGUUCAUACCCUGACACGAUCGAGACGGGAGAUGGGCGAGAGACACAAGCCUUCCACGUGCGCUCACAUGUGCUGAGGGACGUGGGCCUGUGCGUACGUACCGUGUGGACAUGUGGGCUUCCGACAACCCACAAGAAGAAUCCGCCGACCACCCAACCGAAGAUAAAGGCAUACACCCACUGCACAAAUGAACGCCACAAAUGCAGCUCAGCUGCAGAGACAGACAGACAAGACAGACAGACAGACAGACAGACGAAAGAACACGCAUGCAUACAUACAUCCCUGUAAUCACGGGCUCGUGUGGUGACUGUCGUUGCCUACUGAUGAUGGCCAGCAUGAGGGCGUUGACGGCAGCGUGCUCUGGUGAUGCAUGUGCUAGUGGUGCGGUGAGGAUGCCGCCGAGCGACUCGCCUCUGCGUGGCCUGAUGCCGCCGAACUUCAUGUUGGCCAUCACAGGAAUCCAUAUCGCCUGAGGCAACGGGGUGAGUGAAUGGUUGGCAGGGUCCGCGUGUCCGCAUACACGGUGCUUUUUACCAGUUGGAGGACUGCGUGCACGGCCAGGUGCCCCUUGAUAGUGCGUCCGAGGCUUGAAGACCCUGAUGACCCUUCCAUUUCGCCAAAGAUUGCC